GAUUGCGUACAAUCUGUUGCAUAUAAUCGGUCAGUAUAUAGCGUCUAUAUACUCGACUCGUCGUAUGCGUGUGUAUUGCCCAUCGGAACAGCUGAUAAACAUUAGGCCCAGAGUAGCUCGCUCUUUUGACCACCAGCUACUACAAAGCACAACAUGCACUAGAAAUUCUUGGCAAUUCGACUCUGAACAUUACUAGCGCUCAUCUAAAAAUAGGAUGAUCUCUCUUGAGUUGCCUAGCUGACUGACUAGCUGCCUGUUGCCUGCCUGUGAGUGUGUCAAAUGUGAUUGUGGGCUUUUUGGAGAUUCUUCCUCACAGUAGUCGAAACUGCGAACACAGUGGGCACAGCUAAUUCAGACAGACGUAGAAAGUGCUCGGGAACGCGCGUAUCGCUCGCAAGUGAUCUAGUGAUCAAUUUAUAUAAGCAAAGCAUACAUACUAUAUAUUACACUCAGCUCAUCUGCUCAUCAUAUAUACUAUGGAUAUUUCUACCGAUAUUUGGGGUCAACUGGCUGUGGAGGCCUCCCAGGUUUACCUCUCAGAUGGCACAAUGCGUAGUCCCUUUGCCGACACGACCAUCGAGAAGCUGCCCGACAAGGUGUUGCUGCACAUAUUUUCAUAUCUCUCCCACCGAGAGAUUUGCCGUCUCGCCCGCAUCUGUCGUCGCUGGCGGCAGAUCGCCUACGAUACGCGCCUGUGGAAGAAUGUCUCGCUGCGUCCGGAGGUAUCGGGAUUGCAUGUGGGCUCGCUGGAGAUGCUGUUGUCACUGAUCUCGGUGCGUUUCGGACCCACCUUGCGCUACAUUGAGCUGCCCAUUGAGCUGAUCACGCACACUGUGCUCCACGAGCUGUCGGCCAAGUGUCCAAAUCUCACCCACAUGCUGUUGGAUUUCUCUACGGCUAUGCAACUGCACGAUUUCAGCGAGAUGCAAGCGUUUCCCACCAAGCUGCGAUAUAUGUGCAUCUGUCUGUCGGAGGUGAUCUUCAUGGAAGGUUUCAUGCGAAAGAUCUACAAUUUUAUCAAUGGUCUUGAGGUUCUCCACUUGGUAGGCACCUAUGAGAAGUGCGAGGAGGAGGAGGAGGAAAUCUACGAAGUCAUCAAUGUGCACAAACUGAAGUCAGCCACUCCCAAUUUGCGUGUCAUCAACUUGUAUGGCAUCAAUUUCAUUGACGACUCGCACAUCGACGCCUUCAGCUCCAAUUGCAUUCAGCUGGAGUGUUUGGCUGUUAAUUUCUGUAAUAAGGUCACGGGAUCCACGCUUAAGACAUUAGUGCAGCGUUCCAAGCGCUUAACUUGCCUCCUCAUGAAUGGAACCAGUUUGAAAUCCGAGUUUGUCAUGCAAGUCGAGUGGGAUAAGUGUGCACUGCAGGAGCUGGACAUCACAGCCACGGAUUUGACUAGCGAAUGCCUUGUUGACAUGCUGUCGCGUAUUCCCAAUCUCAAGUUUUUGUCAGCUGGUCAGAUCAAUGGAUUCAACGAUACCGUCUUGAAGCAGUGGAUGGAGUUGGGCAACACCAGAUCUCUCAUCUCCCUCGACUUGGACUCUUCAGACAACAUUACGGAUGAGGGCAUGCUCAAGUUCCUGCAGCGUCACGGCCAUCAGCUGAGCGCCUGCUGUCUGUCCGGUAUGCCGCACAUCACAGAUCAGCUCUGGAUGAGCAUAUUGCCUGUGCUGGGAAACUGCAAAAUUAUUGUAAUGGGCACCGCAGAGAAGCUGGGCGUAAACAUACACGUGGAUCAGCUGAUGGACACUAUCGCGUCCAACUGUGGCAAUCUGGAACGCUUGGAGCUGCGUUGGGAUCCGGAUAACUUGCGUUUCUCAGACAAGAGUCAGAAAGCCAUCGAUAUAUUGCGUGUCAAGUGCCUCAAGCUGCGUUGCAUGGUGCUGAGCGAUGGUCGUUACUAUGAGACCGUGAAGGCCAAUUUCGAGCGUGCCGAUCGCAUCACAGUGGUGCGCACCACAACCUGUUGUCGGGUGUCGCCGUAUCAUCUGUUGCGCAACUAUAACGAUUUGAUAUUCAAUUAAGUAGACGUGUUUUGUACAAUCCUAUAUUGUUGUUCUAUGUACUAUGUUCUCUUUACUGUUGUUAUAUCCCAGUGGAAUCAAAAUUCCUUAGUCCAUUUGGAAUUGGUUCGAUUUAAGGCAAUUUGUAUUUAGAUUUUUGGAUUAACAUGUUGCAAUACAAAAUACUUGACAUUAAAUUACAAUAUGCAAAUGUUUAAUAUAUACAAAGUUUUAUACAUACAUAUUUAGCUGCCUUAUAAGUUGUUUGAUUGCGAUUGAUCAAAUCGCUUGUUUUCCCCGCAAGCGAAUCCAAAGUAUCCUAAGAACUUGAUGCGCACCGAGGAUGGUGGUUCAAAUAAGUUCCAUAAAUAUUGUUGUCUAGUCAAAAUACUCGUAAA